AGCUAAUGAAAUAAAAAGUCUUCAACACCACUGAGUCAUCUUCUUUGUUCCAUAGCUAAAGAACAGUACUCAAAACUUGAUUUAGAUCUAAAAAAUCUUGAUCAUAACCAUCAUUACUCUUAGAUCUUUCACCCCUUUCUCACUCUCACUCUCACCAACUCACCCACCAUGCCUUCUAGGGUUUGCUUUCCCUGUGUCACUGGGACAAUACAACAGUCCCAAUUUUCACCCUCUCACACCGUCAUUAUCUGAUUCACCUUUCACCUCCAUACCCACCGAGAAAAGCAUGCAUCUUUAGUGCCGGCGUGUGUAGCUCACUUCAGAUUCUCCUCUGAUACCCAUGGAGGAAGUUGCUGGCGGUGUCUGUUAGUGUUCACUGUUCAACUGGGGCCUUUUCGGCUGGAAUCUGAAAUUGGAGGGUUCUUUAUCAAUUUAGGAUUUUUUUUUUUUAACUUUUUCAAAAUGAUUUCUUCUGGAAUUAACUUGGUGAUGACUGUGAUUGGGUUUGCGGUGAGCACCAUGUUCAUUGUUUUCGUCUGCACCAGGCUCAUAUGUGCUCGAAUUCACUUGAAUGCUGCAAGGAGAUCCUUUCCUAUUGUCUCCAGAUCCAAUCUCAGCAUGAUGGAGCGGGGUUCCCAUGGUCUCGAACGGGUGACUGUAGCCAAAUUUCCAACAAAGAAGUAUAGUGACAAGUUUUUUGCUGCUGCAGAAAAUUCUCAAUGCACAGUUUGCCUUUCAGAAUACCAAGGUGAGGAUAUGCUGCGUAUUCUUCCUUUUUGUGGACACUCCUUCCAUGUGACCUGCAUAGACCUAUGGCUGCAGCAGAAUUCCACAUGUCCUGUUUGUCGAAUAUCGUUGCGCGAGUUUCCAGAUAGAAAGUGGUUAAUGCAACCCUUGUUCAGCUCUGCUCUGCAACCUGGUAUAGAAUCCUUUGACACGCAUCAUUAUCACUGUAUGAUGGACGAUAAUGGAUUAUCAUCAAGAACCCCUGACAACCAUGGGGUGAAUCCUGUGGAAGAAGAUCGUUUUCCAUCUGAGGUUGGUGGAGCAGUUUCUAUGGACAAUAUCACAUGUUUAAGUGAGGUUGACUUCAUUAAAGAUGAAGGGAAGAAGCAUGUAGAGAGUCCAUCAAACUUCCAGAAUUGAUUGUUUUCAUGGAAAUCAAAGCUUCAAUAUGAUACUUUCAGACCACACAUUUAGUACAAAAGUUAAUGUACCAAAACUGGAGUGAAAAUGUGAAAGGCUUUAGCAGGCUGAAAGGAUGGUUAAUAUCUUUUACUGUAUAUAUAGCAGAGAAUUCCCCUUCCCUCCCCCGGGCUCCCUUUAUUGUUUUCUCCUAUGUUGUUUUAGAAUUUGGAUUCUCUAUUGAGUUUUUGGUUUGUCCCACUGCCUAAUCUUCAAAAUACAUUGAUGGAUACAGAUUUUAAUGUUUUAAAAUAUAUUAAAAACUUUUUUAACAUACCUAAGUCAAUGCAUUUUGAAGUUUCAGUAGAGGAACUGUGUCAAAAACUCAGCAGAGAAUCUGGACUAGUUGUUUUGUUGAUCCUCUAUACUAAAUAGUAUUUCAAUUCUCUCUUUUCCCUUUCUAAUUGUAAUUGUUGUAUCAAUUCAAGCCAUACUGUUCAAUUAA